GAAAAUUCAUAUUAAAAAAACUUAAUACUCUUUUUUAAGAAGUGUCUAAUUUUUUUUCAAGUUGAAAUUAAAAGGAAUUAUUUUUAUAUAAAUACGUGGCAAAAUGAAAAUUUCUUUACUAUUAAUAUUAAUUAUGACCAUAAAAGUAAGCUUCAGUGGUUACAUGAAAGAUUUAAUGUGCUCCCAUACUCGUUAUUUUCUAAACUUUUUUAAUCAUAAUGAAAGAUUUUUGUUAGAACUAGAAAAGAAAAAAGAUAAUAUAACAAUCGAAAAUGUUAUGAACUAUGGUAAGGCACUUCAAACACACAGUAAAGUAAUAAUGAUAUUUAUGGAAGACUUGACAAAAUGUAAACCAUUUAUUUUUCCUUUUAGUUUAAUCAUGGUAAAUAUGUAUUUAAACAACGUUUCUGGCUCUUUAAAUAUGAUUGCACAAAACGAAGGUGGUGAAAAAGAUAAUGCUCCAAAAUUAUUAAAAGGCUAUAAAAUUAUUCAUUUUGCAGUUAAAAAACAACUAAAAUAUUCUAUAAAUGAAUAUUGUAAAAACGUAGAGUUUAAUGAAAGUUUGGUUAGUUGCAAUCCUUAUAUUAUUAAAAACGAAUAUACUACUACUAAUCUUGUAAAUAUAAAUAAUAAACUGAAGGAUGAAAUUAUGAUGAAGUUUAAUUAUAUAAUCGAAAAGAAUAAAUACGAAUAUUAUCAUCCGAAAAAAUUUUUGUUUUUUGAUAUAAUGACCCAACAGAUUCUCAGCAACAAAAAUAAUACUAUAAAAAUAGAUAAUAGUAAACAUAUAGUAUUAAAUCUACUUCGAUUUACUCCACUUAACGUUCGAUGCACCAACGGUACUCAUUUAUAUAUACAAAACGUAUUUGAGUAUAUGAAAUAUAAUUUUCAUUCUAAAGAUGUUCUAAUAUACAUAAAUUUGGUAAUUUCGGCUACAUUUCGACCAAUAGCUAUAUUAAUUCGCAAUUUUUUAACCUUAAUUCAAGUUGCAUGUUCAAAGAAUUCAGAUAGUGUAAAAUUUUGGUUAAAAUCGAUGUUCAUUAAAGUGGGUCAUAAAAUAAUGAGUUAUAUAAAUUCAUUUAUUUCUCUCCGCUUGUUCAAUUUGAGUCAGAAAUUUCUAGAAUAUGUAUUAUAUACUUUUACUCAAGUUUUAUAUGAUUACAUUAAAAACGUUGUUUGUUUAGAAUUAGAUCAUGAAAUUAAUAAUUUAUUAAUUAAAAAACUUUCGAAUUUUUUCAUAAAAAAAAAUUUAUUCUUUACAAGUGAUUUAGCUCUUACCAAUCAAAAUAUUAAUGAAAGUAAUGCUGAUGAGAUUAAAAAUGAUUUAGAAAAAAUCAUGAAAAAAGUUGAAAUAUAUUUGAAUGAUUUGAAUAAAUGGAAAGACUCUUUUAAUUUGAUUUCUAACAAAUCAAGAAUUCUAUGUUUUAGUGCUUCAAGUUGUAAGGAAUUAAUUAAUUUUAAAGUUAAAGAUCGUAUUUGUAAUACUGAAUCACAUAUUGAAAUACACAAUGCUAGUACGAAUGAUAGAAAUAAUAUUGAAAUAGGAUAUUAUGAAGAUAAAGAAUGUGCGAAAGAUGAUAUCACAGAAUUUAGCUUAAAGGACCUUAAAGACGACCUUGUUGUAAAAGAUAUUAGUACAAAUGACUCCCUUGAAAAUCAGUCAACUUAUAAACCUCUUUAUAUGAUUGAUUAUUGGCCAUACAACGUUUAAGAAUUGAGAUGUUUUAAAUUGUUUUUAUUAUAUAUUCUCAUUAAUUAUUUGCAAAGCUUUUACUUGUUGCAAUAUAGAAUACCGAGUGAUACUUUUAACGCUAUCCAUUCAAUAUCUCUUAAAAUAAUAAUUAUAUUAAGAAAGUUAUUUUGGUAUUUUUUUAUUUCAUAUAUUCCCGAUUUACAAAUUAUUAAUUGUUUUUAGCUUCAAGGCGAAUCUGGAAGAUAUUAAUUUUACUAUGUUUUUUUUUAUCUGCACUGCAGCAGUUUAAUGAUUCUCGGCAACUCAUUGUAUUUAACGUCACCGCAACGAGUAUCCAUUCCA